AUGACCCCACCUCCAGCCUACGAUGCGCCCGCCGACUCUCCCAUCUACGCCAACAAGGAACUCUACACGCGCAUCGCCAACUGCCCCUCCCGCACCCUCCAGCACUCCUCCAUCAUCCGCCCUCGAUCCGCCCAUGCCUGGACCGUCCGCGCCGGCCAGGUAUGUCGCAUAACCGCCCCCAAGGGUGCUCAAGUAGGCGACCUCAACAUCUGGAACAGCAAUAACCCCCGCGAACGCUUCUGGGCCUCGCGAACCCGCCAGCUCCACCAAUCCCACGUCUCGACCUUCGACCGUCUCUGGUCCUGUCUUCCCUACAUGAGGCCCUUGGUCACCAUCACGGCAGACACCCUCUCCAGUUACGGCGUAGAUGAGUCCGGCGGCCGCGUCCAUGAUCUGCUAGGAACCCGCUGCGAUCCGUACAUCCACCAUCUAAUGACGGGCGAAUCCGAUGACUACCACUGCCAUUCCAACCUUGUCCGUGCCGUCGCCCAGCACGGCCUCGUGGAAAGUGACGUGCAUGACGUGCUGAAUGUAUUCCAGGUGACGGGCCUGGAUGAGAAGGGCCGCUACUUCAUGGGCACCAGCCCGGCGAAGGUAGGUGACUACUUUGAGUUCUUUGCUGAGCAGGAUGUACUUUGUGCGUUGUCGGUUUGCUCAGGAGGGGAUCUGUCGCAGUGGGGUUGGAAGGGGAGUGAGGAGAUGGGCGAUACGACGAAGCCGUUGGGUGUUGAGGUUUAUACUAUCGACGAUGCCACGGUAUUGGAAGGGUGGAAGCCCCUUGAGCCGUCCGCGUAUAAGGGACUACAUGGUCUUCGUAUGCCGGUGAGGGAGAACGACGGCCUUGCUGGUGUAUAG